AUGGGGUUCCUCGCUGGGCUUCCUCCCACGUUGGCCACCAUCCUCCUUCUCCUUGUCGGCUCCGCCGCCGCGGCCUCCAUUCUGCAGCGCGGCGGCCGGUUGGACGGCAACGAGAGACCCAUCAUAGGCAUAUUGUCACAGGAAUGUCACUAUGACAAGUUCCACAAAUUUGGAAGUUCUUACAUUGCAGCUUCUUAUGUGAAGUUUUUGGAGUCAGCUGGUGCUCGAGUUGUGCCAAUAAGAUUAAAGCUUUCAGAUGAAGAAUAUGAUAGAAUAUUCCACUCAAUUAAUGGGGUACUUUUUCCAGGAGGUGGUGUGGAUCUUAAGACUUCAGAAUAUUCCAGGGUUGCUAAGAUAUUUUACCACAAGGCAUUAGAGGCAAAUGAUAAAGGAGAUUAUUUCCCAGUAUGGGGAACGUGUCUUGGACAUGAAGAGCUCACUUACCUCACAAGUGGGGAAGUUUUACUCACUAACACCAAGACAGAAGGUUCUGCACUCCCUCUGAACUUCACUCCAGCUGCCAAAGAGAGCAGAUUAUUCAAGAACUUCCCUGAUGAUGUCCUACAUGCCUUUGCCACUGAACCACUGACAUCAAACUUCCACAUGUGGAGCCUCUCUGUGGAGAAUUUCACAAAGAAUGAAGAACUUCAUGAUUUCUAUAACGUUCUGACCACCAACAUGGAUGGUGAAGUGGAGUUCAUAUCUACCAUGGAAGCAUACAAAUAUCCAAUUUAUGGUGUCCAGUGGCAUCCAGAGAAAAACCCUUUUGAGUGGAAGAACUCUCCAGGCAUUCCACAUUCCCCAUCAGCUGUCAGAGCAGCUUAUUAUAUAGCUGACUUCUUCAUUAAUGAAGCCCGGAAGAGCCUGCACCAUUUCCCCACUGAAGAAGAGGAAACAAAAGCACUGAUCUAUAAUUACACUCCCAUUUAUACAGGAACCUUCUCUUCAUUCCAGCAGAUCUACUUUUUUGAUUGAAUGCCAUGUGCCAGGUGCUCUCUGGCUGUUUAUAAGUGGAAUUAUUUGCCAGUGUUGUGUGCUGAAGGCUGCUGUUGUGCACUGCACGUGCCCCAAGAUCUCUUCCUUUGCAAUCAUUUAUCCUCUGUUCAUCCUGCACUGCUGGACCACUAAGAUAAAAAUUGACACUGUAGCAUCAUUUUUUGGGGUCACAGAAUUGUCUUGUUUGGAAAAGACCUUUUAACUUGAGGUCAGCCAUUCUGUGAAUCAACCAAGGCUGGUGCUCAGCACCACAUCUGUCUUUUACGUGCUUCCAGGGAUGGGGAUUCAACCACCUCCCUAGGCAGGCUGUGUCAGGCUUUGAGAAACCUUUCUCAUCUCCAUUCUAAGCCUCCCCUGCUGCAACUUGAAGCUGUUUCCUCUUGCUCUGUCACUUGUUACUAGGGAGAGGAGACCAACCCCCACCUCACUGCAACCUCCUUUCAGGGACCUGUAGAGAGCAAUGAGGUCUCUCCUCAGCCUCCUUUUGUUCAAGAAUGAACAACCCUAAGUCCCUCAGCUGCUCCUCCCCAGCCCUGUUCUCCAGAUCCUUCCUCAGCUUUGUUGCCUUUCUCUGGAAGUGCUUCAGGCCCUCAAUGUCCUUCUGGGAGAAAGGGGCUCCAGAACUGAAGCCAGCACUCAGGUUGUGCCAUCACCAGUGCAGAAUACAGGGGGACACUCACCUCCUUGGUCCUGCUGGUCACACUGUUGCUGGUCCAGGUUAGGCUGCUGUUGGCUUCUUGCCAGAAAAUGAUCACUUGGAUCCCACUUUGAGGCAAGCUACACAAAAAAAGCAUUUUUCUUCCAGGAAAGAAGCUUUGAUCCUGCUUCUAACCUCAGAAAUGAUCAUGUUUAGGAGAUGUGUGUUUUUAAUGUAUUUAAGCUCUGAGAGUUAUCUUUGUUGGGCUUUGAUUGUUUGGGGGCUUAGAUACAUUGCUUAGUAAAAUCCUGCCCUUCCCACAGGAUUCCAUAGGUGAGACUCCUGAGUUUGUCAUCAGUGUGUGAAUGGAGCCAAGCUCUUGGCAGGGACUGUUGAGUCAUUUGACAAAUUGACCCAAAUGGUAGCAGAGACACCUUAAAAUCCCAUCCCUGCAUCAGUAGGGAUUUGGGGGUUGGGAAGACUUCAGGUACAUGCCUCAGCCCUUUUUGGCAGUAUCUUACCCUCUCAGGUACCUUCUCUGAGCAAAGCUGGGCCAUUUCUCAGGGCUUUCCAGCCAAGAGCCUCUGACUUGUUCUUCCUCAUGAAAUAGCUGCAGAAGAGAAUGUGAAAUGCAGUAAUGGUGAGUACCAGAAAGACACCACCAGGUCCUGGCAAGCUUCAGCAGGUGAUGGUGCAGCUCAUUAAUGCAGCUGUCAGAUCAGCCCCAUUUGGUAAACAGAACUCAGUUUCUAUUCAUGAGCUGACUCCUGAGUAGAGCCAAGCCUAAAAAAGAGGAUUACACUCCACAGCUGCACAUCAGUGGAGCUGCUAAGAUACUUAAAAAGUCAGUCCUGUCUUCUACUUCUGGUUCAGGCUGAGGUCUUUGGAAUAACUCUUUAAGAAUUUGCCUAAGGAGGGCAGAGUUUAAAAAUCCACCUUGUAAGUGGCAUGUCUGAGUGCAGUGGUAGUAAAUAGUUCCUAAGUGUGUAACUCUGUUGUGGUUCCUCAGUGUGUAACUCUAUUGUGGUGUGUAACAUGGUGAGAGCACAGAGUAUUUAUUAUAGAUUUGUGUCUUUUCCUUUGUAUCUUAGAUCUUGUGAAGCCUUCUUUGAUGGU